AUGGCGGCGUCGCCGGACGAGGUGCAGCUGCUGGGGCUCCUGAUCGAGAUCCUCGGCGCCAAGAAUGCCGUCGAGGUCGGCGUCUUCACCGGCUACUCGCUGCUCGCCACCGCCCUCGCCCUCCCUGACGAUGGCAAGAUCGUGGCCAUCGACGUUACCCGCGAGAGCUACGACCAGAUAGGAUUGCCGGUGAUCCAGAAGGCCGGCGUGGCGCACAAGAUCGACUUCCAUGUCGGGCUCGCGCUGCCCGUGCUGGACCAGAUGGUGGCCGAGGAGGUGAACAAGGGCUGGUUCGACUUCGCGUUCGUGGACGCGGACAAGGUGAACUUCCUCAACUACCACGAGCGGCUGCUGCAGCUGAUCAGGGUCGGGGGCCUCAUCGCCUACGACAACACGCUGUGGAGCGGCUCGGUGGUCGCUUCCCCCGAUGAGCCGCUCGCCGCGGCCACCAGGGAGUUCAACGUCGCCAUCGCCGCCGAUCCCCGCGUGCACGUCUGCCAGGUCGCCAUCGCCGACGGGCUCACGCUGUGCCGCCGCGUCGCCUGA